AUGUCCGAGGCAACCCUCAAGCCCGAGAAGGACUUCUCCAAGGAGGUCGACCAGCAGCUCCCAGAGGCCGAGGCGCUGGCCAAGCAGACGAACCUCCAGGGCGCAAUCGAGAAGCUUGCCGCUCUUGAAAAGCAGACCCGCCAAGCCUCUGAUCUCGCCUCAACAUCCCGAAUUCUUGUGGCGAUUGUCACAUUAUGCAAAAAUGCCGGCGACUGGAGCUUAAUGAACGAGCAGACGCUGGUGCUGUCGAAGAAGCACAGCCAGCUCAAGCAGGCCAUUACCAAGAUGGUCCAGACCGUCGUCGGCUUCCUCGACGAAACGCCCGACCUCAAGACCAAGCUCUCCGUCAUCGAGACGCUGCGAACGGUGACCGAAGGCAAGAUCUUUGUCGAGGUUGAGCGCGCCCGCGUCACCAAGAUCCUCUCCGACAUCAAGAAGCAGCAGGGCGACGUCAAGGCGGCCACAGAGAUCCUCUGCGAGCUCCAGGUAGAGACAUUUGGAUCAAUGGAUCGACGGGAGAAGACGGAGUUUAUCCUGGCCCAAGUCGAGCUCUGCAUCGAGAGCGGCGACUGGACGCAGGCGGCUAUCCUGGGCCGCAAGAUUAGCACAAGAUACCUGGCGCGGAAGCCCAAGAAGACGGCCGAGCAGCUGGAAAAGGAGCAGAAGGAGCGCGAGAAGAAGAAGGCCCGCGGAGAGGAGGUCCCGGAAGAGAAGGAGGACGACACAACGGACUUGAAGCUGCGCUACUACGAGCAGCAAAUCACACUGGCCAAGCAUGAGGACAAGUACCUGGACGCGUGCAAGCACUACCGCCAGGUGCUCGAUACUGAGGCUGUUGAGCAAGACCCCGCCAAACUGCGCCCUGUCCUGCAACGCAUCAUUUAUUUUGUCAUCCUUGCCCCAUACGACAACGAACAACACGACCUCCUUCAGCGCAUACACCGAGACUCCCGAAACUCCCAGGUCCCUCUCGAUGCCGAGCUUCUCCGCCUCUUCACAGUUCACGAGCUGAUGCGAUGGCCGGAAAUCGCCAAGAAGUUCGGCCCGCACCUGUGCGAGACCGACGUCUUUGACGCUCAGCCUGGACAGUCUGCCGAUGAAAAGGCCAACCAGAGGUGGGAAGACCUGCGCAAGCGCGUCAUCGAGCACAAUGUGCGGGUCAUUGCCAAGUACUACACGCGCAUCCAGAUGGGCCGUCUUACCGAGCUGCUGGACCUUGCGGAAGACGAGACGGAGAAGUACAUUAGCGAGCUGGUGACGUCCAAGACUGUGUAUGCAAAGAUUGACCGGCCGGCACGAAUCGUCAGCUUCGCCAAGCCUAGGGACGCAGACGAUGUUCUGAACGAGUGGAGCCACAAUAUGAAGAGCUUGCUGGGGCUCUUGGAGAGGAUCGAUCACCUCAUCACCAAGGAGGAGAUGAUGGCACGCAUUCAGCCAACGAGCUCCAAAUAG